ACGGCUCUGAACAGCUCCAGCAAGACAUCAAGGCCUUCUCACUCAGAGACUUUUGAAACAUCAACAUGAUGUUUUUCCUCUUUUUGUGUUUCCUCGCUCUUUGUGCUGCGGCUCCCUUGGAGGAGAAAAACAUGAAGCUCCAGCGCGGCGGUUGUCCACUGUUCUGGUACAGCUUCAAUGGCCGCUGCUAUCGGUACUUCGCUGCAGACAAGACCUGGGCUGAUGCAGAACUCUACUGUGUGUCUCUGGGAGCCAACCUGGUGUCCAUCCACAGUGAGGAGGAACACAACUUUGUCAAAUCACUGACUGGGAACUUUGACCCGGCUCAAGGAUGGACCUGGAUUGGACUCAAUGACAUUCAUAAGGAUUUAAGAUACGUGUGGUCUGAUGGAUCCAGAGUCAACUUUGUCUUUUGGAAUACGGGAGAGCCAAGCAAUAGUGUAGUAGAGUCAUGUGUUAUGACUAACUACAGCAGCAACAAGAAGUGGAACGAUACAUCGUGCUCUGGCAUAUUCCCAUUUGUUUGUAAAUUACGCAAAGCUCGCCCUUUGCUAAGACACCUGUAUAGCUUCUCUUCUUUCCUCAUUGUCUCCGUCAAUACAGAGUUUCACACCGCGCUUCUGAGGUACAGCUUCAGCAUAUCCCCUUUCAAUCACCUCUUUGACGUGAAACCAGAGUCCAGUCCGGACAGACCGACCCUUUUCCUCCACGUGGACCCCUCCAAGAGCCGAGGUUUUUCUGGACGCAGAGAACCUGACCGAGAUCAGAGCGACGCCUUUGAUCUCCCCACCAAAAUGCUGACUGCAACACAGCUUGGCCACGGCUGGGCCAAGCUUCCGCCACACCAAACACUCCUCGCCAGAACACCAUAG